CCCAACCCGCGGGCUGAGGCGGCCGGGCUGUGCGGGGUCCGGCAUGGAGACCCCCCGUCACCCCCUGCCCCCCGGGGCCGGGAGGGGGGAGCAGGGCAGCGGGGGCUGCCGGCGGUGUCCGUACCGGGCGGCAGGGAGGAGGCUGAGCACCUCGGAUGGGAUCCCGCAGGAAGGUGCUGAGGGCAGCCUGCGCCAGCUCCUCAUCGAGGCCUUCAUCUCGGCGGGCAGGGUGGACAACGUCGCCAUGGUCAUGGGGCUGCACCCCCAGUAUCUCAGCAGCUUCUGGAAGACCCAGUACCUCCUGCUGCGCAUGGACGGGCCCCUGCCCUACCACAAGCGUCACUACAUCGCCAUCAUGGCAGCAGCCCGGCACCAGUGCUCCUACUUGGUGGGCUUGCACAUGGGGGAGUUCCUGCAGGUGGGGGGCAACCCAGCAUGGCUGCAGGGGCUGCACUGUGCCCCCCAAAAACUCAGGAACCUCAACGAGAUCAACAAACUGCUGGCGCAUCGGCCCUGGCUCAUCACCAAGGAGCACAUCGAGGCUCUGCUGAAGACGGGGGAGCACAGUUGGUCACUGGCGGAGCUGGUGCAGGCCCUGGUGCUCCUCACCCACUACCACUCGCUCGCCUCCUUCGUCUUUGGCUGCGGGAUCAACCCUGAGGAGGAGCAAGAUGGGGGGCACAGCUGCCAGCCCCCCUCGCCGCACAGCGACAGCAGCCCUGCCUCUGACGAUAGCGUGGGGGGCUCUGGGGGCAGAGAUGCCAUGCGGGAGGUGGAGGUGCUGAUGGAGAGGAUGAAGCUGCUGCAGGAGAGCCAGCUGGAGGAGGAGGGCGUCACGCAGGAGGAGAUGGCAACGCGCUUUGAGCUGGAGAAGACGGAGAGUUUGCUGGUUGCUCCCACGGAUAUUGCAGAUCACUCCCUGCAGUCCAACGUCCUCUGCUUCGUGGAGGACCCCGAGUUCGGCUACAAGGACUUCACGCGGAGGGGCGAGCAGGCGCCCCCCACCUUCCGUGCGCAGGAUUACACCUGGGAGGACCACGGCUACUCGCUGAUCAACCGCCUCUACCCUGACGUGGGGCAGCUCCUGGAUGAGAAGUUCCAGGUCGUCUACAACCUGACGUACAACACCAUCGCCAUGCACUGCGGCGUGGACACCUCCAUGCUGCGCCGGGCCAUCUGGAACUACGUCCACUGCGUCUUCGGCAUCCGCUAUGAUGACUACGACUAUGGGGAGGUGAACCAGCUCCUGGAGCGCAGUUUGAAGAUCUACAUCAAGACGGUGGCUUGCUACCCAGAAAAGACAACCAAACGGAUAUACACGCAGUUCUGGAGACACUUCAAACACUCAGAGAAGGUGCACGUCAACCUGCUCCUGCUGGAGGCUCGGAUGCAGGCGGCUCUGCUCUACGCCCUGAGAGCCGUCACCCGCUACAUGACCUGACCGGCCUCCGCUCCCUCCUCCUCCUCCUGUCCCAGGUUUGGGGGAAAGGCUGGGGGCAGCUGCUGGACUAAAGACUCUGCUGGAAUAUUGUCUCCCCCCUUAAGGGGCCUGGAGCUGUGGAAGGAAAUGGGGAGCUUCCCUGUCCCUCAUCGCAGGAGAGGGGACCCCAAAGAAGCCAUCAGUGCUGGGAAGACCCCGAGUGCUGCCCUGAGCUUGGCAGAGCCGGGAGUGCUCGUCUGCUCCGUGGCUGUCUUGGGGUAAGCCCCAAGGAAGCCAAAGCGGGGUGCCUGGGGGUGCUGCCUUCACUGUGCAGUUGUUACACCUCUGUGCCGUGUCCUGGCACCAAGGCUGCUGCCGCAGAGGACUGUCCUCGUGCAGAGAUCACCAGAGGGUAUCGUGGGCUUUCCCCCUGCUUCUUGGGAACUUGUCGUGCUGGAACACACGCAGCUGCUGCUGAGGAUGCUGCCCUGGCGCCCCCUCCCCAGCUCUCUGCCUCGCACCCACCGCAGGAGUGGUGGGAAGGAUCCAGCCAUCCCCUUGCCCGCUCGGGCAGCCCCCGGUGCCACUCGUCUCCAUGCUCAGUCCCCCCACAUCAGGGUCCGAAUGGCUGGGGCAGAGGCUGGGGCUCUUUCCUGCCCUGGCCCGGGUGUUUCUGCUGCCGUCAAGUGCUGCUGUGACAUGGGGACGGCCCCUCCGGUCCUCCCCACGGACCCUGGCACAGCCGCACCCCAGCCCCCCCCUCGGAUGGGGCGGGGGGGGUUGCAGAAGGGGUUAAGCUCUGCCCCAUCCUGCCCUCCCGAGCCUCCUGCAGUUUGGGAUGUGAAGUGCCUCUUAGCCUGGGUCCCGGGGCAGGACUAGGAGCACCUGAGCUGUGUUUUACAUCUUGUAUUUGCAUCGUUUUUCAGCCACCGGCACAUCUGCACUGCCUCAACCUUUGUGGCUGAGUGGGGACCUGUGGAAGGGGUGGGACGUGGGGUGGCCGUAGCUUUCACCAGAUGUGCCAGAGCAUUUCCCAGUGGCGCGGGUCGCCGGGGAGGUGCUUGAUUUGGGGAGCCCCUGCUCCCAGCUCUGCUGGAGUGUGGGUGCGGGUGCAGCAGCAUCGCGUGCCACUCGGCCCCUCUUGAGUUGUCUCUGCCGAACUGUCGCUCCAGUUAAGUUAUUUCUAUAUUUUUUGGGUGUAUUUACUCCUGACCAGGCAUGGAAACACCACUGACUUUG